CGGUUUAAGAACGUUGGGACUUGGGGCAGAGGCUACAAUCACACUGAGCAGUAACAAACAUGGCAAGAAGCUCGGAUUAUGGAGCUUUCAUGGAGAAAUUCGUGCUCAAACCGAUUUCUUCAUCUCAUGAACUUCCCUUAAAUGGUCUUACCUUUGCGGUUAAAGAUAUUUUCGAUGUGAAUGGAUUUGUGACUGGGUUUGGCAAUCCGGACUGGGCAAGGACCCAUUCAGCUGCUAAAUCUACUCCUCCGGCUGUUUUGGCUAUCUUGAGAGGAGGAGCCACAUGUGUUGGUAAAACUGUCAUGGAUGAAAUGGCAUAUAGUCUAAAUGGGGAAAAUAAACAUUAUGGCACACCUACAAAUCCUUGUGCUCCAGAUCGUGUACCUGGAGGAUCUUCCAGUGGGUCUGCUGUUGCAGUAGGUGCAAAGCUUGUAGACUUCUCCUUAGGAACUGACACUUGAGGUAGUGUAAGAGUUCCAGCGUCAUAUUGCAGCAUUUUGGGGUUUCGAUCUUCACAUGAUGCUGUUUCUACUGCUGGAGUUAUUCCCAUGGCACAGAGUUUUGAUACUGAGGGAUGGUUUGCUAGGGAUCCAGUGAUUUUGAAUCGAGUUGCUCGCAUUCUACUUCAAUUGCCUGAUGUGGAUCUGGUUAGAGCAAGGCAGAUAUUUAUUGCAGAAGACUGUUUUAAGCUUUCAAGCAUUCCGAAUAAUCGAGUUAGUCAAGUUCUUGUUAAAUCAGUGGAGAAGUUAUUUGGGGGUGAUGUUGUGAAGCAUUUAAUCCUUGGGGACUAUGUUGAGAACAAAGUUCCAAGUUUGAGUCAUUUUAUUAGUAAAGAAAUCAAAAAGCAAGACUAUGGUAUAGCAUCCUUGGCAGCCCUCUCAAGUGCCAUGCGUUUGCUUCAAAGGUAUGAAUUCAAGAAUAACCAUGGUAGUGAGUGUUGGGCAUUGAAGGAGUCGUAUGCGUCUAAGAUAAGAGUUGCAGAGAUGAGAAUGUUAAGGUGGAUGAGUGGCCAUACUAGACUAGAUAAAGUCCGUAAUGAGAGUAUUAGAGAAAAGGUAGGAGUGGUACCAAUUGAGGAUAAGUUGAGAGAAGGGAGAUUAAGGUGGUUUGGUCAUGUGAAGCGUAGACAUACGGAUGCUCCAGUUAGACAAGUAGAGCAUAUUAGGUUAGAGGAUAGAAAGAAAAAAAGGGGUAGACCUAAAUUGACUUGGAGGAGAGUAGUACAAUAUGAUCUAGAAGUAUUACAAAUUUCUGAGGAUUUAACCCAAAAGCGUUUAGAGUGGAGAAAGCGAAUACAUAUAGUCGACCCCAAAUUUUUGGGAUAAAGGCUUAGUUGAGUUGAGUUGAGUUAAAAAUAAAAUUUAUUAAUUUCAAGAAAAAUUUAGUAACAUAAAUUAUUUAAUUUUUAAUAGGGUAAUAUGAUUGAAUGAUACAUUAGGAAGAGUAUAUUAAAAAAUUAAAUAAAACAUAUUACUAUAAUUAUAUUUAUAUUACUCCCUCUGUGAAAUAAAAAU